AUGGCGGGUCCUCGCGGCAAGUCCGACAAGCGCAAGACGUACUUUUCGCGUCUGUUUGCGCUCCUCGAGCAGCACUCGAAGCUGCUGGUUGUGGAGGCGGACCACGUCGGCAGCAAGCAGAUGGCUGACAUCCGUCUGGCUCUCCGCGGCAAGGCCGUUGUGCUCAUGGGGAAAAACACCAUGAUUCGCACGGCUUUGAAGCAGAAGAUGAGCGAGAUGCCGCAACUCGAGAAGCUGUUGCCGCUCGUCCGUCUGAACAUCGGGUUCAUCUUUUGCAUCGCGGACCCUGCGGAAGUCCGCAAGAUCAUCCAGGCACACAAAGUGCCUGCGCCCGCGCGCCAGGGUGUCUUUGCGCCGAUCGACGUCUUCAUCCCCGCGGGGCCGACUGGUAUGGAUCCGGGUAGCACGUCCUUCUUCCAGGCUCUCGGCAUUGCGACCAAGAUUGUGAAGGGUCAGAUUGAAAUUCAAAACGAAGUCCACCUCAUCAAGGAGGGCGAGAAGGUGACUGCCAGCGCCGCGACGCUGCUGCAGAAGCUCGGCAUCAAGCCCUUCGAGUACGGUCUCGCGAUUCAGCACGUCUACGAUGACGGCUCUGUCUACAGCGCCUCCGUCCUCGACAUCACCGAUGAGGUCAUCCUCGGCAAGUUCCGCGACGGCGCGACCAACGUCGCGGCCCUGUCGCGCCAGGUCGGCAUUCCGACGACGGCCUCCGCGCCUCACAGCAUCCUGGAAGCCUUCAAGUUCUGCACGUCGCUCAUCCUCGACUCCGACUACACCUUCCCUCAGAUGCAGAAAAUCAAGGACAUCCUCGAGAACCCCGAGGCCUUCGCCGCGGUCGCCGCUGCUGCCACCCCUGCCGCCGCCGCCGCCGCGCCCGCAGAGGCCAAGAAGGAGGAGGAGGAAGAGGAGGAGGAAGACGACAUGGGCUUCUCGCUCUUUGACUAA